GUAGCGCGAGUGGUGUCAGCUCUCGCGAGGCUCAGCGGCUUCAGUCUGGUCUGUGUGCGGCAGAGGCAGGAAGAUGGCGGCGCAGGACAGCGACUCCACUCAGCAACUGGCCCUCGGCAACGGCGAGGUGAGCAGCAAUGGAGCUGCAGGGGGAGAUCAGACUGUUCAGACAGCACAGGACCAGCAGCCACCACCACAGCAGCCUCCCAACACCUGGCAGGUCAUCAAAGGAGUUCUCUUCAGAAUUUUUAUAAUCUGGGCGAUCAGCAGUUGGUUCCGCCGUGGGCCCUCCACUCCGGACCAAAGCAAUCCGACGGGAGCUCCACAAGUUCCCAGCCGGAACCUCUUCCCCAGGGACACGCUCAUGGACCUCCAUAUUUACAUCUCAGAAAGUGAGCACUUCACAGAUUUUAACAACACUGAAGCACUCUUGUGGGGGCAGACAGACCUGGUGUACGGAGACUGGUCCAGCGGUGAAAACGGAGACGGGUGUUACGAACACUAUCAAGAAUUAGACGUUCCAGAGAGUGUGAAACAGAAUGGUUCUGUGUACAUCCAUGUAUAUUUCACUAAGAGUGGCUUCCACCCAGAUCCUAAACGCAAGGGGCAGUACAGACGCCUGGCGACCGCCCACAUGUCACGAAUGCUGAAUAAAUACAAACGCAAAAAAUUUCUGAAAACAAAGAACCUGCUCACUGGGGAGACAGAAAUAGAUCCUGAGAUAAUUAAGCGUGCCGAGGAUUAUGGUCCUAUUGAAGUAAUCUCUCACUGGCAUCCCAACGUGACUAUAAGCAUGGUGGACGAUCACACAGCCUGGGUGAAGGGAGCCGUGCCUCCUCCUCUAGAUCAGUACGUGAAGUUUGACGCAGUAAGUGGCGACUACUUCCCCAUUGUGUACUUCAACGACUACUGGAACCUGCAGAAGGAUUACUUCCCCAUCAACGAAACGGUGGAGAAGCUGCCCUUGCGGCUUGUCUACUGCCCGCUGUCUCUGUGGCGCUGGCAGCUGUACACCGCUCAGAGCACCAAGUCUCCCUGGAACUUCCUGGGAGAGGACUUGUACGAGCAGUCGGACGAGGACCAGGACUCUGUCAAGGUGGCUCUACUGGAAACAAAUCCUUAUCUUCUGGGGGUGACGAUCGUGGUGUCGAUCGUGCACAGUGUCUUUGAGUUCCUGGCCUUCAAGAAUGACAUCCAGUUCUGGAACAGUCGGCAGUCUCUGGAGGGGCUCUCCGUGCGCUCCGUGUUCUUCGGGGUGUUCCAGUCCCUCAUCGUGCUUCUCUACAUCCUCGACAACGAGACCAACUUCGUGGUCCAGGUCAGCAUCUUCAUCGGCCUGCUCAUCGACUUCUGGAAGAUCACCAAGGUCAUGGACGUCAGGCUGGACAGAGAAAACAGACUGGCAGGAAUAUUCCCACGCUUGACUUUCAAAGACAAGUCGACGUAUGUGCAGUCUUCCACCAAAAUAUACGAUGCUAUGGCAUUUAGAUACCUGUCCUGGCUUCUCUACCCCUUGCUUGGCUGCUAUGCUGUCUACAGUUUGUUGUACAAUGAGCACAAAAGCUGGUAUUCGUGGGUACUGGGCUUGCUCUAUGGCUUUUUGUUAACCUUCGGGUUCAUCACGAUGACCCCGCAGCUGUUUAUUAACUACAAGAUGAAGUCAGUGGCUCACCUCCCGUGGAGGAUGCUUACAUACAAAGCACUGAACACCUUCAUUGAUGAUCUCUUCGCCUUCGUCAUUAAGAUGCCUAUGAUGUACAGAAUAGGCUGUCUCAGAGAUGAUGUAGUGUUUUUCAUUUACCUGUAUCAGCGCUGGAUAUACAGAGUGGACCCGACUCGAAUGAACGAGUUUGGAACGAGUGGAGUGGAACCCGGGCAGGCAGCAACAGAACAGAUUGCUGGCACAGAGAGUGAACCUGCUGCAGCAAUAACAGACAAACCCGACGGGCAGAAGAAGAACGAUUAGCAGGAGCAGUGCUUCAGUGUCAGAGUGAUGAGGACAGGAGGAAGAAUGGAAACAAAGCAACUCUCUUCUGAGAUCUGGGAUCUGACUUUUUUUUUUUUAUAUAUAUUCCAGUUAACUUUUUUUUUUUUUUUUUUUAUAUUUGGUGAAGUAUAAUGUGACGUACUGUUUUUGUUUCGUGGCUGGGGAGGGGUCGCAACACAUAUCUCUGUAUUUAAAGAGUAGAAACCAUCACUGGAUCAUUGUGAAAUCCAUGCCAUUGUGAGACUGUUGUGUACGUUUAUUAAUAACAAGUUGGUGGGGUUUGGUUGUUUGUGUAAACCAUGGGCCACCUUGAAAAAGAGGCUGUGAAACUGCCGUGGGGGGGUGGGGUAGGUGGGGUAGGUGGGGGGCGGGGGGGUGUAGGGAGGUGAAGUCUUGAUGUUUCAAAUAAUUAACAGCUUUGUAGCUAAGAAAUGGAUUACCUGCUGCCCAGCGGUUUCUGUUGUAUGUACUGGAGCUGUACAGAAUCUAUGCUUGUAUGUUAAUUAUACUGAUGUCCAUUGUUUAGCAAUAGUUUAUGUGGAAUAAUUAAUUCUUACCCAGACCGAUAAUUUAGAAUGGUCUUGACUCUUAAAAUAUGUGUUUAAAAAAAGAAAAAAAAAAAUCUGCUUUUG